ACUGCCGCAAAACAGCUGCGGCUGUCGUGCAGUGCACAAUACUUCCACUGUAUUGAAGAAAAUAGCAUACUUCUGCACACAGUGGUUUAGGGAGCAGAACGGAAAAUAAAACCAUAAAGAUACAUCAUGUCUAUAAGGGAUAUGAUGUAAAAUGACACCAGCUGGUUCACCGAUGUAAGGAUGGACUUUAACAGGACUGUUUUGGUGACAGGAGGCUCUGGAUUCAUAGGGUCGCAUCUCGUGGCUUCACUGGUCACUAGACACUCAGACUGGAGAGUUAUUAAUCUGGAUAUUUUAGACUACUGCUGCAGCUCCAGGAGUCUGGAGAGCAUUGAGGACAGAGCAAACUACACCUUCAUCCGGGGAGACGUGUGCAACUCACGGCUGGUAAACCACAUUUUCCGCACAGAAAACAUUGAUGUGAUCUUUCACCUGGCGGCUAAAACGCACGUCGAGUCCUCGUUUGAAUCGCCGUCCAGUUUUCAACGCGUCAACAUCGAUGGAACAGGCGUUUUACUGGGAGCCGCCCAUCAGGCCCAACACCAGCCACAGUGCUUCAUCUACGUCAGCACGGAUGAAGUCUAUGGAGCCAGUCUGGACCAGGUGUUUGACGAGACCAGUCCACUGAGACCGUCCAACCCAUAUUCUGCCACUAAAGCAGCUGCCGAAUACCUGGUUAGAUCCUACUGGGACAAACAUAAGUUUCCAAUCAUCAUUACCAGGAGCAACAACAUCUACGGGCCGAGACAGUACACUGAAAAGGUCAUUCCGAGGUUUCUCACCCUCCUGCAAAUGGACAAGAAAUGCACCAUCCAGGGAAGCCUCCCUAAAUCGCGACACUUCUUGCAUGUUGAUGAUGCUGUCAGUGCCUUCCUGCUGCUUCUGGAGAAAGGGAUUGUGGGAGAGAUCUACAACGUGGGCACCAGCUGUGAGAUUCCUAUCAUCCAGUUGGCCAGGGAGUUAGUUCAAAUGGUUAAAAAUGUGCCAGACUCUGACGUAAAUGAUUGGCUGGAGUUUGUGCCUGACAGGCCGCGGGUCGACCUGCGCUACCCCAUUAAAUGUGAGAAGCUGCAGCAGCUGGGCUGGAGAGCUGAGGUGUCCUGGGCUGAAGGCAUCAGACAGACCGUCAAAUGGUACCAUGACAACCCAGAUUUCUGGAGAGAAGCGAUCGAGAACCAAGGACCAAUCAGCAGCAAGUCUCAUUAGAUUAUCAACAACUAAGUGGCUCAGGUGUGUUUGACUGACUGGACACAAGUCACUGUAUUUCACGUUAGCAUAGCACAGAGGUCACUAUGGCUGAAUUAGGGCUCACAUAAAAAACCCAUACCCAAACCCAUUCCUCUCAGCUGUCUGAGGAUUGUUUCUUUAACAAAGCAAAGUUUCAAAUGGAAAAGAAAGCACUUUAUCCCGAUGAUUAUGAUGUAGCUGAAGUUGUGGUCUUAUCUGCUCAGCCGGUUCAUUGUUUUAGAUCAAUACACAGGCAUGAAAUGAAACAUGACAUACUGUAAUCUGACUAAACCGGCUUUAGACUUUGCUGCAAUUGUGUCAAGUUGCCAGAUCAUUGUCAGGAGUGUGUGGAUUUAUGUAUUACAGACACGUCUCAGACAUGACAGCUGUAAAGGGUUUUCUUUUUCCCCCAUUAUCUCACUUCCUUUGUUGCGCUUUCUCCAAAAUUCAACUCUAGCAGCUUGUGAUCAGCUGAAAACAGGAGGGAUACAUUAAUUACAGUCACUGUAGCAAUGAGGCUCAGAGAAUUCAAAUAAUGCCAUUUGCUGCAUCAACCUGUUUCACUGUAUGUACCAAAGACCUCAGGAAGCUUUCAUGUCAAGUAGAAAGCAGUUGGUUUCUUGUAUUCAUGAAGCCUCAGCAAAAAGAAACACAUGAAGGAAGUCAUGAAGUGCAAUAAAAAGCCUUAUUUCCAACAGCUCACUAGCUUCUAAAACCAGCUGUGCAGGUUUUAGUUUUAAUCCUAAUUGUUUAUUAUAUAUAAUUAAGAAUAAGAAUAAACAGUCAGGGGUUUGUUUUAUACAUAGAUACAUAUCAUGUUAUAGAAUGUAUUUCCUGCUAAUAAACGUGUUUAGCAACUA